CGACAACAUUUAACACUAUUUCAUAACGUUUAGCAUAUUUUUACUUGUGAUAGACAAAUGGGAUAUCUGAUGGAGCAAAAAUUAUUUUUAUUGCCCAUACCGCGCGGGAGAAAAGAAAAAAUGGAACAGAACGAUAAAAUAAUAACAACAGUAAUAAAUGAGAAUAAUACAGGACAAGAUAGCGCUAAGAACACAGAAAAUGUUUUGAAAGAAGAUAUAUCAACGGAUAAAGGAACUGAUGAUCCUGCUAUUGCAUCGUAUCCGUUGUACAGCGAAGUGUCAAAUGCCACAGAUCAUAAACUAGAGGAAACUAGCACAUUUAAGCAGAUGAGAGAGAAUAUAAGCAAUUUUUUUAGUGGGCUGUUCAACGGAAUUAAAAAGUUCUUUAGGAGGCUGAAAAGCAAGUUAAGCAAAAAAGGAAAAAAAGAAGUAGUCGAAGAUAAAUCGAAGGAGGUGGCCGGCGUGAUCGAGGUAGCUGAUGAAAAAAGUGAGACAAGUGGUGGCAAAGUAGCGGAACAAGAGGCAAGUGAUGAGAAAAGCGAUGUUAAGAACGAUGAUGCAAACGUGGUAGAUGCUAAGAGGAUAAAAGAAAAUGAAGAUUGAGCAGGUUGUUCUGUUA